AUGGACGUAUUCCAUGCCGUCCUCAGUGUCCGUCAGGCUCCUGAUACCAAUCCCAACCACGACCAGAAUGUUGCCUCCAGCAGAAAUAGCUCACCUUCCCUUUCCGGCCUGAUCUCAACAUUGGUGCCAACUCUUGUCAUCGCCGUCGUCUAUUUUGCCAUCUUCCUGCUCCUGAGAACUCGAUUUCCGCGACAGUAUGCGCCGAGGACAUACCUGGGCGCUCUCCGUCCGCAAGAGCGCACCCCCGCUCCCCCAAACAGCUUGUUUGGCUGGAUAUCGUUCAUGAGAAAACUGCCCGAUGAGUAUGUUCUUCAACACAACUCCCUCGAUGGCUACUUUCUGCUGCGCUACCUCAAAAUGUCGAUUGUUAUCUGUCUGGUCGGCUGCCUCGUCACAUGGCCAGUCUUGUUCCCCAUCAAUGCCACUGGAGGAGGGCAUCAAGACCAACUCAAUAUCCUCAGUUUCAGCAACGUCGUGGAUAAGAACCGUUAUCUAGCGCACACCUUCAUCGCAUGGAUCUUCAUUGGCUUUAUCUUCUUCUUGGUCACCAGGGAGAUGAUUUACUACAUCAACUUGCGGCAGGCCUACCUCCUGUCUCCCCUGUACGCUUCCAGGAUGUCUUCGCGCACUGUGCUGUUCCAGGCUGUUCCCAAUGAAUACGCCAACGAAACCAAGAUUCGUCGCAUGUUUGGCGAGGAACUGAAGAACGUCUGGGUCGUUUCAGACGCGAAGAGCCUGAAGGAAAUGGUGGAAGAACGCCACAAGAUUUGCAUCAAACUCGAGACCGCCGAGACCAAACUGAUCAAAUUGGCCAACGAUGCACGUUUGCAAUCCAUCAAAGGGAAAAAUCCCCCUCCUGAGCUACCCACGGCCAGCUACGACGAAGAUGAAUACGCAGCUGAGUCUGGCGCCGCUGCUGCCCGAUGGGUCCGACCAAAGGACAGACCGACACACCGCUUGAAGUUUUUAGUCGGCAAGAAAGUUGACACCAUCAAUUGGUGCCGUGAGGAGAUUGCAAGGCUGAACCCACUCAUCGAGGCGGAACAGGACAAAUACCGUGCGGGCGAGGCGGUACCCAAGAACGCUGUCUUCGUGGAGUUCUGGAACCAGACUCAAGCGCAGAGUGCCUUUCAAAUGGUUACCCACCAUCAGCCUUUGCACAUGUCUCCCCGUGUGGUCGGCCUCAGCCCAGAAGAAGUUGUCUGGUCGAAUCUCGGCAUAACAUGGAAAACGCUUACCAUCCGCCAGCUCGUUUCGCUGGGGUUCAUCGUCGCCUUGAUUAUUUUCUGGUCCAUCCCCGUCGCCGUUGUUGGUUCCAUUUCGCAGAUUUCCUAUUUGACUGAGGUAGUCCACUUCCUCCGAUUCAUCAACAAAUGCCCCAAGAUCAUCCUGGGUGUCAUUACAAAUCUUCUGCCCGUUGUGAUGCUUUCUGUCCUCAUGUCGCUUGUUCCAGUGAUUAUGAGGUUCAUGGGCAAAGUUGCUGGCAUGCCCACGCUGUCACUGAUUGAACUCCGUUGCCACGAAUCAUACUUUUGGUUCCAGCUAAUCCAGGUGUUCCUGGUGACCACAAUGACCAGCGCAGCAAGUGCAGCAGUACCGCAAAUCAUCAAACAGCCAGGAUCGAUUACCACCUUAUUGGCUCAGAACCUCCCGUUGGCCUCCAACUUCUACAUCUCAUACUUCAUCCUUCAAGGUCUCGUAUUCUCUUCGGGUCAACUCCUCAAUAUCGUAGGACUGGUGCUAUACAACACCCUGUCAAAGAUCCUCGACAAAACCCCCCGAAAGAUGUACAAUCGCUGGUCAAGCCUUUCAUCUGUCGGCUGGGGCAGUGUUUUCCCCGUUGUUGAAUUGAUGACCGUGAUAUCGAUAGCAUACGCCCCAAUUGCACCUCUCAUGCUUGGAUUCGCGGCCAUUGGCCAGGGUCUUUUCUAUUUUGCGUACCGGUACAGUCUCCUUUUUGUGGACAGCUCAGUCAUCGACACCAAAGGCCUUGUCUACGCCAAAGCCCUGCAGCAUACCUUGGUCGGAUGUUACUUGGCGGUCAUCUGUCUGAUCGGCCUCUUUGGUAUUCGGGCGGCCCCUGCACCUCUGGUACUGAUGGUUGUAUUCUUGAUCCUCAUGGUGCUUUACCACAUGUCCAUGAAUGCAGCUGUCCGUCCACUUCUGCAUUAUCUCCCACGUUCACUUGAAGCCGAGGAGGCCGCCCUCCUGCACAGCGAAUCAGCUCUAAUGACUGGACCGGAGGGCGGCCCGUCGCGUCCAAGUAUGCAUGAAAAAAAUCAGGUGGACGAGCUGCGAGUAGCGAAAGAAAAAAUGCCCCCGGGAGGCAAUAAACACACAUCCAUGAUCAAACGAUUCUUCCGCCCCGACAUCUACGCCAGUUACGCGAUUCUGCGCAAGCUUGUUCCUCAAGAGUUCGCCGAGAUCAGAUAUUCCCCGGAAAUUGAGCGAGAUGCAUACCAGGAUCCUGCCUGCAAUGCAGUUGCACCUCUGUUGUGGGUGCCUCGUGAUCCCAUGGGAGUGUCGAGGCAGGAGUGCCUUCACACAAAUAAGGUCACACCAAUGACAGAUGAAGGGGCCAGUUUCGACGAAAAGACCGGGAGAAUCAUUUGGAAUGAGGAAGAGACUGGCGGACAGCCACCGAUAUUCGAAGAGAAGAUUUAUUAUUGA